AUGAGUGUCCUCUAUUCCGGAAGGUGUUAUCUACAAAAGCGUGUUCUCAACAUCUCAAGAGACCCUGCGGUUAGGGCAUUGCGUGCCCAAACUGAUAAGAGGGAAUAUGCUUUGGAAAUGAAAAAAAUUGUGGAGAGCUCUCCAAACCUUUCUAUUAGAGAGGCAAUGGUGACAGAUAUCUUGUUGGGAAAGAAUGACAGUGUGGAAGGUGUUCGCACAUUUUUUGGAAUGAACUUCUAUGUGUCUUCUGUCAUUCUCACAACUGGCACUUUUAUGAGUGGAAAAAUUUGGGUUGGUAGAACUUCUAUGCCAGCAGUAAGAGCUGGUGAGUCAGCUUCUGUUGGCCUCACGGAAAAUUUGCAGCGCCUUGGAUUUGAAAUUGACCGAUUGAAAACUGGCACCCCGGCACGUGUGGACAUUCGUACCAUAGAUUUCUCUGGAUUGGAGCCCCAGCAGGGAGAUCAAGAGGUCCUUUCAUUUAUUGUCAUAUGUAGGUUCCAUAGUUUUAAUUCCAUGAGGCAUGUUUUCUGA